AACAAGUUAACUCAAAAUAUCAAGCAAUCUGGUUCAGCAUACUGCUCGGAAAGAGGAACACUUUGCUUUGGUCCGCAUAGUUGAGGGGAAGAUUUUCCUAACGCACCAGCUAGUCGUGUCAUCGAUAUAAACAAUGUCGGUUGUAGUGGAGAGUUAAAAAUCCAUAAGAAGAAACAUCACAUACAAUGCCUCCAAUCCACCAAUCUAGGAGCCGUAGCCCAGAUCCUGAAACCAGACCUAAAAGAAGAAGACACAGUAGUUCUAGUAGCAACAGUAGUGAUAGACGGUCAUCGAGUCCUUCAGUGAAGCCUAGUAAACAUAGUUCUGGAUGGACUCGAUCCCGGUCCCUAUCUCGUUCCCGGUCUCGUUCCCGGUCUCGUUCCCAGUCCCGUUCCCGUUCCAGAGACAGAAAUGGGUUUAAACAUAACAAUGGAAACCACCACAGUCCCUCCAGAUCAAGAGACAGGGAUUUUAGAUCCAGCCAACGAGAUGUGACGAACUAUGGAAAUCAUGAUAAAUCACGUUUUGAACAUUACGAUAAAAGAGAGGAAAUUAUUCGUCAGAGGCAAGAAGCCUUCAUAUCCAGGCGACUGCAGGAACGUGAACGAAUUGCAGAACUGGGAGCCCCUGAAGUCUGGGGACAGUCCCCAAAAGUUCCAGAACCAGAUUCAGAUGAGCAUACUCCAGCAGAAGAUGACUUUAAAAACCAAAGUAGUUCAAAUUCUGAUUCUGAAGAGGAAAGCAAAAAGAAGAAAAAGAAAAAAAGAAAGUCCAAAAAGGGGAAAAAAAAGAAGCAAAGAAAACACAAUGAUGAUAGUGAUAGUGACUCUGAGAAUAGCUCUGAAGUGGAAGAUGACAGAAAAAAAAAGAAGAAAAGAAAAAGCAAGCAUAAAAAAAAAAAGUCAAAGAAGAGAAAAACUAAAAAGAAUAAAAAAGAAUCCAGCAGCUCCAGUAGUGAACAAUCGGAAGAUGAGGAAGAUGAUCCAAGAAAUGAGAUUUGGGUUGAGAGAUCUAAUAACCAUGAGGAGAACUUUGUUGGUCCUGAUGCUCCAAUUACACACAUGUCACAGGAUGACAAACCUUUGAAUUAUGGCCAUGCCCUGCUCCCAGGUGAAGGAGCAGCUAUGGCUGAAUAUGUUAAAGCAGGAAAGCGUAUUCCCAGAAGAGGUGAAAUUGGUCUGACAAGUGAAGAGAUUGCAUCGUUUGAGCAUGCUGGUUAUGUAAUGAGUGGGAGCAGGCAUCGCCGUAUGGAAGCUGUGCGUUUGAGAAAGGAAAACCAGAUCUACAGUGCUGAUGAGAAGAGAGCUUUGGCAUCAUUUAAUCAAGAAGAACGAAGAAAAAGAGAGAAUAAAAUUCUUUCUAGCUUCAGAGAAAUGGUGUAUAGGAAAACAAAAGCCAAAGAUGAUAAAUGAAACUUUUUCCACAAUGCUAAUAUUUUGCUGGUAAUGAAAGUAAUUACUUACAGCAACACUUUUUUUUUUUUUACCUUAA